AUGGCGACUUUCACACUGGAGCAGGUGCAGAAGCACAACACGGCCGACGACCUCUGGAUUGUCCUCCACAACAAAGUCUACAAUAUUACCAAGUACCUAGAAGACCAUCCCGGUGGAAAAGAAAUCCUCAUCGAAGUUGCCGGUACCGAUGCCACCGAAGCGUUUGAAGAAAUCGGCCACUCGGACGAGGCGCGCGAGCAGCUCGAGCCCUACUUUGUUGGCGACUUGCCUUCAGAGGAACAAACCGAGGCUGUGGAGAUCUACCGUCCAAACUACCAACAAGUAUCACAGUCCGCUGUCAUCAACGUGAAGAAGACCUCUCCAUGGGGAUUCCUUCGCACGGUAAGCAAGCUCGGAUUGGGCGGUCUCGUCGUCACAGCCAUCGUGACAGUCUAUAACCGAGGCAUGACACCCUCACAAGCCCUCCAGGUUGUGCAGCACUCGGUGCUUUCCUUCACCCAAUUCCCACGAGGUGCCGAUUUGAAUAACGCCAGCCACUUCUGGUUAGGUGCAGGCCUCGCCAGCAUCGUCCAAUUCUCCGCCACACUUGGCCUAGGCCUAUGGGCGUCGACGAAACUAGACGUUCAGCAAGAGUUCACGCACUAUGCCUCACAUAGACCAUCCAAGCCCGCGCAUCUGAUGCACCUUUCUAAGACAGCCACCAUCCCGAGACCGAAACCUCUCGACCCGCGACAAUGGCGACCCUUCACCAUGACCCAGAAGACAGAGAUCGCCCCGAACGUAUACCACAUCAUAUUCUCCCUACCAAACCCUGACGACAUCCUCGGCCUCCCGACAGGACAACACAUCGCCCUGCGUGCAACAAUCAACGGCACCAGCGUAGCACGCUCAUACACCCCCAUAUCGAACAACAACGACCGCGGCCGCAUCGAGCUCCUCGUAAAAGCCUACCCGCUGGGCGCUAUGACGCAGCACCUAGCGCAAAUGAAAAUAGGCGAUACCAUCGAGAUCCGCGGCCCCAAGGGCGCCAUGCAAUACUCCCCACGGUAUGCCAAACACAUCGGCAUGAUUGCCGGCGGCACCGGCAUCACCCCUAUGUACCAGCUUAUCCGCGCCAUUUGCGAAGAUCCGACAGACACUGAUACAUGCAUCUCUCUUUUGUAUGCUAAUAAUACCGAGGAGGAUAUUUUGCUUCGCGCAGAGCUGGAGGCUUUUGCUCGUAAUCAUCCGGAUAGGUUCCAGGUGCAUUAUGUGCUCAGUAGGCCUGAUGAUGGCUGGACUGGGUACCGAGGGUUUGUAAGUGCUGAGCUUAUUCAGAAGCAUUUGCCUGUUGCUGGACCGGAUAACAAAAUGCUGCUGUGUGGGCCGCCGCCGAUGGUGGGGGCUAUGAAGAAGGUGUUGUUAGACUUGGGAUGGACUAUGCCUGGGGCGGUGGCGAAGGCUGGGGAUCAGGUGUUUUUGUUUUGA